AUUAAAAAAAUACAAUUCCUAAACAAUAUGUUUGGCCACAGGCCAUAUUCAAACCUCAAAAGACGCGAUUUUUAAGGCGAUAGAAAAGUAACAAAAAAAUUCCCCACCCCCACAACUCUUAUACAACCCACAAAAAACAUUUCCCCUAUUUAAAAACAACACAAAUCCAUUCGUCAUUCCUUAACAUCAAUCAGCAACAAAAUGGGGAAAGAUUUGAGUAGUGAUCAAGUUAGUUCAAUGAAAGAAGCCUUUACUCUCUUUGACACAGACAAUGAUGGCAAAAUUGCACCUUCUGAAUUAGGAAUUUUGAUGCGUUCUUUGGGUGGAAAUCCAACACAAGCUCAACUUAAAGAAAUAAUUUCACAAGAAAGCUUGACUUCUCCUUUUGAUUUCAAUAGGUUUUUAGAUCUUAUGUCUAAAUACUUAAAACCUGAACCUUUUGAUCGUCAAUUGAGAGAUGCAUUCAAAGUUCUUGAUAAGGAAGGAACUGGGUUCGUUGCUGUUUCGGAUCUGAGGCAUAUUCUAACUAGUAUUGGUGAAAAGCUCGAACCUGCUGAGUUUGAUGAGUGGAUUCGUGAAGUUGAAGUUGGAUCUGAUGGGAAAAUCAAGUUUGACGAUUUUAUUGCUAGGAUGGUUGCUAAGUGAUGAUUUUUUUUUCAAUCGGGUGACCUACAAAACUUUGAUUUUUCUUUUGCGGAAAGGGGUGGAAGCCUAUAUAUCCUUGCAUCGUGUGGUUCUUGAU